CCACCCUACCUGCAUUGUGUGCUCGCACUCCCUAGCUAUCCCCUUUCCAUCUUCUCCCAAACUUCCCAAGUGAGCCCAAGAGGAUGGGAUCGAUCAAGAGGCAGGAGUACUCCUACGACGACGAGGACGAUUUCUACAUCCGGAACGAUGAUGACCUUCUAGAGGCCCCGACCCUCAGCAGCGAGCAAAUGGCGCGCGCCAGGGAGGAAGCUCUGUACGUGCUGAAAACCAAGUCCCCUGAAGAGGCUUUCAAGAUUUUCACCGAGGGUUCCUAUUACAAAGUUGACGGUCCGCCAUUUGGACCGGAGAAGAAGGACAAGUCCCCGACCACUGCAACGCCUCCAGCAGCCCCCGCCAACGUGAAGGAGCAGCCCCAGACCACCGUGCCGCCAUCAGGGAAGUGAGCGAGAGCAUGAGCGAUCCGGCCGCUUCAAGAAGUUGUAGUAACUGCCCCCCGUCGUAGUAGCGUCCUGCCCAUCUGGCCAUGUUGAACCAUGAAUAAUCGCGUGUUUGUUUGCUUGCUUGUAUGUGAACCUAAGAGGGACCUGUAUUCCUCCUCCCGUGAUGAUCCACCGAACGAACCAUCCAUUUCGUUUAA